AUGGUGAUAGGCUGUGCCCUAGAUUUGUUCUUGAAGCUUCAUUUUCUUCUAGUAGUCUGGAUGAUAGCUCAGGGCAUAGUGGACAGAAAGAAGGCUGGUAGUGAGAUGAUGAUUGCUCUUGUCAAUAAUGUAUCUAGGAUAUUACAUAGCAUCAAUGCUGGUGGGGAAAGAUUGAGAGGAGACAAGCUCACCCAUGCCAAUGAAGUUAUCUUGAAAGCUGAACUAUUGUUUGGAGAUGUGACUUUGCAUAAAAUGGAUGUAAUGAAAGGGCUUUUCAUCAGUCCCUUGCUUCUUGACUUGGAAACCAUUACCAAAGCAUUAUUCAUGAUCACACUCACAGCCAGCUCAUUUUGA